CGGCAACUACUCCGGGGGAAACAAAAGCCAUAGGAGAGAUCCCCCCACACUUAUCAUAAAUUGAAUCUAAACCCAUCUUCAUACCCAUUCUCUCUGUUCAUUGCAAAAAAAAAAAGCAUGUCUCCUCCUCGAUACUUGACUGUCUUUGUUAUUGCCCUUUUGUUAUUACCCUCUCUCAACCUGGCAUGGGACAAGGACAGUGCUUGUCCUUACCCAUGUAAUCCGCCGCCGUCCGGAUACCCUCUGUACGGUACUCCUCCUCCGCCGCCGCCGCCGCCUUCCGGUUUCCCGCUGUAUCUACCGCCACCGCCUUCUCCGAUCUCCCAACCGCCACCCCCUCGCUGCUCUCCGAUUCCUGCAGAGUGUUGCCGCCAACCUCCUCCUCCUCCUCCUCCGCCGCCGUACCCUUACACUUUUCCUAGUCCGCCGUACCCUUACGCCUUUCCUCCGCCGGGAAAUAUCGGCGGCGGCGGAGGCGCUUGUGCCCCCACCGUGGCGGUUUAUGUUAUGGCGCUUGUAUUUUCAUGCGUUGUAGACUUUUAGUUGCUCUGUGCUUAUUUUACAUAUUCAGUCCAAGGGUUUAUUCGCUUCGUGGAAAAUUUGUAUAUUUUCUUGAGUCAAUCAAUAAUUCUCACGCCAUAAAUAAAAAAAAAAAGGAAUCACCUCUUCUAAGCUUUCAUAGCUUCA